AUGCUCCGCAAACGUGGGUCCUUCUUUUCGGACUCUCUACUCAGCUAUGGUGUUCGUAUUCUAUGCUGCUCAAACCCACACGAGAAGGUAUCACUUACUUUCGAGUGUCAGAACAAAUGGAAGUCAGGAAACCUUUCGAUCUACUCGGAGUCUCAAUGGGGAGCUCACGUCCCCCCGAUGCUUCCUGCCCGCGGCCACAAACCAGAACUUUUGGCCCCAAAAGAAAUGCCAAGCGUAAGAGAUCUACAAGCCCACGCUAGUAUUCCAGUUAUCAUGCUGCACGCUUUGGCGCACAUUGAACUUGGAGCUAUCGACAAUUAUUGGGACACUAUCGUUCGAUUCGAUCCGGUCAAGCAUCAACUGUCUCAGGAGUUUUACGAUGAUUUUCUGAAGGUCGUAGGGGACGAAGCUCGUCAUUUUGCUAUGGUAGACAGAAGACUUAAGGAUUUAGGAUCCGAAUAUGGGGCUUUGCCAGCCACAAGGGCAUUAUUAGAGCAUGCUGCGAACACAGCAGCAGACUUGGCUGCAAGGAUUGCUGUCGUACCGUUGGUGCAGGAAGCUCGAGGUCUUGACUCUGGUGAUCGAUUGAUCCAUCGUAUGAAGUCCAUGGGGGACCCACAAUCGGCCAAUGUGGUGGAGCAGAUUGUUCGAGAAGAACAAGAGCAUGUUAGAUGCGGAAUCAAGUGGUUUCUUCAUAUUGCGAAUGUUCAAAAGAGAGACAAGGACCCAAUUGCAUAUUUUAAAGAAUUGGUGUUGCAAUUCUUUCCAGACGGUUUACCAGGACCGUUUGAUGUAAAAGCGAGACUUGCUGCCAAUAUGGGAUCAGAAUGGUACCAGGAUUUAGAAACAAAAUCUGUGUUUCCACCCCAGUCACAGACUUUAAGGGUAAAAUUAAGUGAAGACAAAGAUUCACAGCAACGGGUCGCUACUUUUGCUUCUAGCAAGAAGAAGGUGAUUCUAGCGGGGACAGUGUGGCCUGAGCGCACGAGCUCCGCCGCCGGCGUUCGUAGCACCGACAUUAUUAAUGUGCUACAAGAGCGAGACUUCCAAGUUAUGUGUGUAUCUCCAAGUCGUAUGAAUGAGCAUUCCAAAUGUCUCCAAAAGCAAGGUGUGCGUUGUAUGCAAGUAGAUCCGAAUACACGCGUGUUUGCGAAAGUACUGCUGGAAAUGGUGCCCCAGCUGGUGGUAUUUGACCGUUUUAUUGCUGAAGAAAUGUACGGAUGGCAAGUCAAAAAGUACGCACCAGAAGCGUUGCGAGUACUUGACCUCCAAGACCUCCAUUUUCUUCGCUGCACUCGAGAAAUUGCUGUAAAGAAGCAAGGCGUUCGUUUCGAGGAUACGCUGAACGGAUCGCAGCUAGGCAUUGAUCCUGUAGAGGAACUUGCUAUUCGUGAACUGGCAUCAAUUCACCGGUCUGAUUUGACGCUGUACGUGUCAGAGGUCGAACGGGAUUUGCUGGUAUCUCGAUUUCAGGUGCCGCAAAUUGGUCUCCACCGUUGCGACUUUUUCUAUCCUGACAUUGAGUCAUCAAAGCUGCGAUCUUUUGAUGAUCGCAAGGAUAUUGCAUUCAUCGGCAGCUUCAAGCACAAACCUAAUGUGGAUGCUGUGGAGUGGAUCCGAAAAACUAUUUUGCCGUUGUUUCGAAACCUUGAAAAUAAUGCUGAAAUUCAUAUUUACGGAUCCCAUGGCGAAACCAAGCGAUUUGCAAAUCUUGGAGCUCCCGCACAAGGAUUAUAUAUGAAAGGUUUCGCUCCUAACGUGCACGAGACGCUAGGUCGGUACCGACUGAGCAUUGCACCCUUACGUUUUGGUGCCGGUAUCAAAGGCAAAAUUGCAGACAGCUGGUUUGUCGGGACACCAUGCGUUAGCACUUCUAUUGGUGCCGAAGGCAUGGUUUCGGAUGCAACAAUUUGGGGAGGAGCAAUUGCAAACGAUCCAAGCCUUUUUGUUCGGGAGAUGAAGUGCUUGUACAAUGACAAAUCUAGAUGGCACACUGCGCAGGAUGCUGGCGUGAAAUUAUGUUCCACACUUUACAACCGCUCGCAAAACAGUGAUGCGUUGAUGGAAGGGAUCGAACGCGCUAUGUGUAAGAAACAUGAACGACGACAGCAAAACUGGAUGGGUCGCAUCUUAUGGUCAGAGAGGUUUCGAGCAACGGAAUACAUGUCGAAAUAUAUCCGCGCGAAAAAUGAAGAUCGAUAG